AUGUAUGAUCAAAAUGUGGUUCAUACACCGUCAACAAUUACCGGCAGUUCGUACAAACAAGAGGUCGAAGAAAUAAGAGCAACAGAGCAAAAACAAGAUUUGAAACAACAGUUAACAGAAAAUGGAUUUGUUGGUAGAAUUGAAAUGACGAAAUCCUACAAUCGUCUAAAUGGUCGUGGUACAAUACCGGAUUGUGAAAGAGGACAUAUUGGUCGUUACAACGAUAGUCAAAUAGCACACUUCAUCGAAUUUACUCUCGUCACAUAUAACAACAGAUCUUCCAUUUGGAAAGAAGAAAUUGAAUUAGAAACUGGUGAAGAAAUAAUCAUACCAAACACAAUCCGUAAUUUAAUUCCAACAAGAAUCAUUCAACAAUAUCCAGCGUUUUGUCAUGAAACUCAAUCAAAGAAAGGUGGCGAUGAUGAUCAAAACAAGAAUGCAGAUCCCAACAACGAUUUUCAACCGUUAGACGAAACCAGUUUGUAUGAAAUCUUAAAAGCGUGUUCAUCUUCAACACGUAAAAGCCUUCAAGGUUUGGAUUAUUACGCCGCUGACGGUUCAAGUGCAUUUCACAGCUUAGCAAAAAUAUAUGAAGAACUAGCAGCAUAUGAUGGCACCAAACAAUUUGUGUUAGAAAAUUUGGAUGGAGAAAGUGUGUUUAUAUUUCUUGAUUGGGCGAUGAAAUGGUUAGCAAUGAAAUAUCGUGAAGGUCAAAAAGAUUUCUUCGCCAAACGCGGUUGUCCAUGGCAUUUAGCGUACGUCAUUCGUGUCAAAUCAUCCAACUCAAUUUCAACAACACCCAAAACAAAAGAAUUUGAACACAAAACAUACGCUCACAUAUUCGACAGUUGUGUGCAAAACGGACAAGCAGUUACAAGCAUACUUGAAUAUAUUUUUAGCCGAUUGAAAGCCUCAAAUCUAGAAAUCAAAUACGUCUAUUUAUGUGCUGACAAUGCGGGAUGCUAUCAUGGUGUUGAAACAUUAUUGGCUGUGAAAAAAUUAUAUGCUAAUACUGGCAUCCUUAUUCGUCGAUUUGACUUUUUCGAUCCACAUGGUGGGAAAGGGCCUUGCGAUCGAAUGGCUGCUGUGGUGAAAUGUGAUGUUCGAUGUAGUGUUAAUGAAAAAAACGAUUGUACUAACAGUAGAGGAUUUGUUACUGCCGCAAGAUUGACACGUAAUUUAUCAAUACUUGCAAGUAAAAUUAGCCCAUCAUCAUCCUCAUCUAUAAAAGUGAAGUGGACAGGUGUUCUGUUAUACAACAAUAUUGAAUAUAAUUUGAAAUCAAAUGUGGGAUAA